GGAGGAGGAGGUGGAGGAGGUGAAGGAGGAGGAGUGAGCCAGCUGGCAGCGGGGAUGAAGGCAGGGCGACGCAGGCCGAAGGGACACCCGCCAUGAGGCUGCUGGGGGUGCUGGGGCUGGCGCUGAGCUGCCGGGGGGCAGGCGCCUUCGUGAUGCACGUGGCCAGCUCCUGCCCGCUGGCGGCCAACGGCUCGGCCCUGGCCUUCGACUUCACCAUCUUCUUCAACAAGAACCCGCUGGUUUGUUACAAGCCCAACGCCCGGCUCUUCCUCCCCUGCGACUCGGGGCUGCUGUACCUGCAGGCCAUCCUGGUGGCCGCCAUCCUCAACAGCAACAGCACCUGGGCGGCACGCGCCGAGGCCCGGCGGGAAGUGUGUCACCAACUGGCCCCUCACUUCUGGGCCUCCACGGGGCUGCGGCGGACGCCGCCCCAAAUCCGGAUCGUCCCCGUCCCCGUCCCCAACGCCGCCGCCGCCGUCCACCUCACCUGCCACGUCUGGGGCUUCUACCCUCCCGAGGUGACCGUCCUCUGGCUGCGCAACGGGGACGCGGUGGCCUCCGAGGACACCCCCAAGCUGCUGCCCAACGGCGACUGGACCUACCAGACCCAGGCGACCCUGCGCGUCACCCCCGAAUCUGGGGACACCUUCACCUGCUCGGUGCAACACGUCAGCCUGGAGCAACCCCUGCGGGAGCACUGGGGUCCCGGCUUGUCCCCGGGGUUGACGGCGAAGGUGGCGGCGGCGGCGGUGACAAUGACGCUGGGGCUGGUGGUCUUUGCCGCUGGCACCUUCAUCUACUGCCGUCAGGCGCCGGGUCCUGGUGCUGGAGCUGGUCCCAGUUCUGGUCCUGGUCCUGGUGCUGGUCCUCGUCUUGGUCCCAGUCCUGGUCCUGGUACUGGUUCUUGUCCCGGUCCUGGUCCCAGAUCUGGUCCUGGUCCUGGUCCUGGUCCUGGUUCUGGUCCUAGUUCUGGUCCUGGUCCUAGUCUUGGUCCCAGUCCUGGUCCUGGUCCUGGCCUUUGUCCUGGUCCUUUAUCUCAUCCCAGUCCCGGUUCUGGUCCCAGUUCUGGUCCCGGUUCCGGUCCUGGUCCUGGAUCUUGUCCCAGUCCUGGCACUGGUCCUAGUCCUGGUCCCAGUCCUGGUUCUGGUCCUGGUCUUGGAUCUGGUCCAGGUUCUGGUUCUGGUCCCAGUUGCCGCCCUGGUCCCUCCGUGGCCACGAGCGACUACCAAGUGACCAGACUCUGA